UGGCGCCAGGGGGCGGGGCCGGACACAAACUUCCCGCGGCGCCUGCGGAAGUACCCUUUGACCCCGGAAGUGCUGGCGCUCGGCGAGCUGUCACCGUGGAGCGCGGUGGCUACGGCGCCGGUGGCCGGGCAGCCGAGGAGGGCCACGUGGCACGAUGCCAGCGCUGCCCCUGGACCAGCUGCAGGUCACCCACAAGGACCAGAAGACGGGGAGGCUGAGGACGGCACCUGCGCUGCACCCCGGGCAGAAGGCAGACCGGCGUUUCGUGCUGUACAAACCGCCCCCAAAGGACAACAGCCCCGCCCUCGUGGAGGAGUACCUGGAACGCGCCACCUUCGUCACCACUGACCUCGACUGGCUCCUGGCCCUGCCUCACGAUAAAUUCUGGUGUCAGGUCAUCUUUGACGAGACGCUGCAGAAGUGCCUGGACUCCUACCUGCGCUAUGCCCCCCGAAAGUUCGACGAGUGGGUGGCCCCAUCCCCGGAGGUGGCCGACAUGCAGAGGCGCCUCCACCGAAGCGUCUUCCUCACCUUCCUCCGCAUGUCCACUCACAAGGAGUCCAAAGAUCACUUCUUUUCCCCGUCUGCGUUUGGAGAAAUCCUCUACAACAACUUCCUCUUCGACAUCCCCAAGAUCCUGGACCUCUGCGUGCUCUUCGGGAAAGGCAACUCGCUGCUGCUCCAGAAGAUGAUAGGAAACAUCUUCACCCAGCAGCCAAGUUACUAUGACGACCUGGAUAAUGCUAUGCCCACCAUCCUGCAGGGCUUCAGUCACAUCCUCCAGCACUGUGGCUUGCAAGGGGAUGGGGCCAGCGCCACGCCCCAGAAGCUCGAGGAGCCAGGCCGACUGACGCCCAGCCACAUGCCUCUCCUGGAACUAAAGGACAUCAUUCUCUACCUUUGUGAUACCUGCACCACGCUCUGGGCCUUUCUGGAGAUCUUCCCUCAGGCGUGCCAGACCUUCCAGAAGCAUGACUUCUGCUGCAGACUGGCUUCCUUCUACGAGACGGCGGUGCCCGAGCUGGAGUCUGCCAUCAGGAAGCGGCAGCUGGAGGACAGCAGGCUGCUGGGUGACCUGUGGCGGAGGCUGUCCCACUCCCGGAAGAAGCUGCUGGAUAUCUUUCACAUCAUUCUGUACCACAUCUGUCUCCUCCCGAUUCUAGAAAGCGGCUGCAACGGCGUGCAGGGCUUUGUGGAGGAGUUCCUGCAGGUCUUCAGCCCGCUGCUGCAGGAGAAGCGGUUCCUUCGGGACUACGACGCGCUCUUCCCCGUGGCCGACGACGUCAGCUUGCUGCAGCAGGCCUCCUCCUCCCUGGAUGAGAUGCGGGCUGCCUACAUCCUGCAGGCUGUGGAGAGCUCCUGGGAAGGGGUGGACCGGAGGAAAGCCCUGCAGGCGACAGCCCCGCCUGCGGCUCAGGAGCCUGAGGGGGCCGUGGGGACAGAGGAGGAGCCGGCGGGUGCCACCUCAGCCCCUGUGUGGAAGCCAGAGGAGGAACAGAGCCUGGGGGCGGCGGCCCAGGGCCCCCCCGUGUGCGGCGUGGAGCUGGACUCGCUCAUCUCGCAGGUGAGGGACCUGCUGCCCGAGCUUGGGGAGGGCUUCAUCCUGGCCUGUCUGCAGCACUGCGGAUACGACCCCGAGCACGUCAUCAACGACGUCCUGGAGGGCCGGCUACACCCUGCCCUCGACCAGCUGGACCGCAGCCUCCAGAGGCAGGUGCCCCCGGACACCACACCCCUGUUGAGCUCUCGCCACAACGUCUUCCAGAAUGACGAAUUUGACGUGUUCAGCCGGGACUCCGUGGACCUGAGCCGUGUGCAUAAGGGCAGGAGGCAGGCGCAGGACGUGCGGAGCCUGCUCAAUGACAAGCGUGAGGUGGCAGCCCAGCGGCAGCGCUAUGAGCAGUACCGCGUGGUGGUGGAGGAGGUGCCCCUCGAGCCCGGUGAGGACCCGUCCUUCCGCGGGGACGACUACGAGGACGAGUACGACGACACUUACGACGGCAGCCAGGUGGGCGCCAACGACGCGGACUCGGACGAGCUCGUCAGCCGCAGGCCCUUCACCAUCCCUCAGGUGCUGAGGACCAGGGUGCCCGGAGAGCGGCACGAACAGGAGGCCGAGGAGGAAGAGGAGGCUGACCACGAGGCCCCCAGGCCCGACCACUUUGUGCAGGACCCUGCACUGCUGCGGGAGCAGGCGGAGGCCAGGCGUGCAACGCUCCUCGCCAGGCGGGGGUACCGGCACGACAGUUCCGCAGCCGUGGCGGGUGGCCCCCGGGGCCGCGGGCAGAACCGCGAGACCACGCAGGAGCGCAGGAAGAAGGAGGCCAAUAAGGCGACUCGGGCCAACCACAACCGGAGGUCCAUGGCCGACCGCAAGCGGAACAAAGGCAUGAUCCCGUCCUGACCCCACUGCCCGGGAGACCCUUCAAAUAAAGGCUUUGGCCGAGGU